GCCCCACUCCUCUCGCUUUCUCGCCACAUCUCGCCGUCGACCGCCACCCCAUUUCAAAAACCACAGGAGAGAUGCCGCGCGGCUCCAUCUGUUGGCUGCUGCAGGCCGUGGCGCUGGCGGCGGCCGCCGUGGAGGCCGGCCGGAGCCGGAGCCUGCACCGGGACUUCGACGCCGUGUGGGGGAAGCGCAAUGCGCGCUUCUUCGACGACGGCCGGGUGGUGGAGCUGGCGCUGGACCGGGAGACCGGGUCCAGGCUGGAGUCCAAGGACCGGUACCUCUUCGGGCGGUUCGACCUCGACAUCAGGCUCGUCGCCGGCGAGUCCGCGGGCACCAUCACCUCCUUCUACAUCUGCACGGGUGGCGCGCGGCACGACGAGGUGGACUUCGAGUUCCUGGGCAACGUGAGCGGCGAGCCCUACAUCCUGCACACCAACAUCUUCAGCGACGGCAAGGGCGAGCGGGAGCAGCAGUUCGUGCUCUGGUUCGACCCCACCGCCGACUUCCACACCUACUCCAUCCUCUGGAACCCGCUCAACAUCAUCCUGUACAUCGACGGGACGCCGAUCCGGGUGUUCAAGAACAACGAGGCGAACGGGGUGCCGUUCCCGACGCGGCAGCCGGUGCACGUCUUCGCCAGCAUCUGGAACGCCGAGGAGUGGGCGACGCAGGGCGGGCGCGUCAAGACGGACUGGUCCGAGGCGCCCUUCGUGGCCGCGUACCGGCGGUUCGACGCGACCAGCGCCUGCGUCUGGCAAGGCGGGGCGUCGCCCACGCGGUGCGGCGGCGACCACCUGCCGUCGUCGGCGUCGUCGUGGAUGGCGCAGCGGCUGGACUGGUGGAGCUGGAUGACGCUCAACUGGGUGCGCAUGAACUACAUGACCUACGACUACUGCGCCGACCGGAAGCGGUACCCCCACGCGUUCCCCACCGAGUGCAUCAUCCCCAUCGGCAGGAUCUGAUCUGGUCUGAUGCCGUCCAUCAGUUCGUUCAUGCGUAGCCUAGGCGGUAGAGAGAGUACGCUUUGUCUCGUGACUCGUUUGCAUGCAGGGAUUGGAUUUGCUGCCGGCAGAAUGUAAAGAGCGGAAAAACACAAAUGAUCGGAGCGCUUUGUUUCUCCUCGUUCGAUGAGCUUUUGUGUUAGGCGCUUCAAAUCGAUUUAAGUUUCUUUUUUUUUUGCGGGAAAGAGAGUUCCAUUUAUCAGGUUAUGAUUACAAUCAGCAGCAACAAUGCUCGCAAUCUUGUCGGAAGGCGUGCGCAACCAGCACGCAGUCCGCUGUUGCGUUCGUCCCAUUUGAGCAAGAGUAUGGCUAGCUAUGUUUACACUA